AUGGCUAAGAAUCCUCCAGAGAACUGUGAGGACUGUCACAUUCUAAAUGCAGAAGCUUUUAAAUCCAAGAAGAUAUGUAAAUCACUUAAGAUUUUUGGAUUGGUGUUUGGUAUCCUGGCCUUAACUCUAAUUGUUUUGUUUUGGGGGGGCAAGCACUUCUGGCCGGAGACACCCAAAAAAACAUAUGACAUGGAGCACACUUUCUACAGCAAUGGAGAGAAGAAGAAGAUUUACAUGGAAAUUGAUCCUGUGACCAGAACUGAAAUAUUCAGAAGUGGAAAUGGCACUGAUGAAACAUUGGAAGUACAUGACUUUAAAAAUGGAUACACUGGCAUCUACUUUGUAGGUCUUCAAAAAUGCUUCAUCAAAACUCAGAUCAAAGUGAUUCCUGAAUUUUCUGAACCAGAGGAGGAAAUAGAUGAGAAUGAAGAAAUUACCACAACUUUCUUUGAACAGUCAGUUAUUUGGGUCCCAGCAGAAAAGCCAAUUGAAAACCGAGACUUUCUUAAAAAUUCCAAAAUUCUGGAGAUUUGUGAUAAUGUGACCAUGUAUUGGAUCAAUCCCACUCUAAUAGCAGUUUCAGAGUUACAAGACUUUGAGGAGGACGGUGAAGAUCUUCACUUUCCUACCACCGAAAAAAAGGGCAUUGAACAAAAUGAGCAAUGGGUGGUCCCUCAAGUGAAGGUGGAGAAGACCCGUCAUGCCAGACAAGCAAGUGAAGAAGAACUUCCAAUAAAUGACUAUACUGAAAAUGGAAUAGAAUUUGACCCCAUGCUGGAUGAGAGAGGUUAUUGUUGUAUUUACUGCCGUCGAGGCAACCGCUACUGCCGCCGCGUCUGUGAACCUUUACUAGGUUACUACCCAUAUCCCUACUGCUACCAAGGAGGGCGGGUUAUCUGUCGCGUCAUCAUGCCUUGCAACUGGUGGGUGGCUCGCAUGCUGGGGAGGGUCUAA